AAUUCAUAUACAAAAUAUUACAGAAUAAAGAGAAAGAAGAAGGAAAAGAGAGAAAUACGAAAGCUGUUAACUGGAUUAGAGGACAUGUAAUGAAAGAAAUAGAAGAUCAUGAGAAGACGUUUGAUGGGGAUAAUAUCAGAGAUUUCGUUGACCUUUUUAUUCAAGCUAAGCAUGGGGAGUCUGAAAAUAGUUUGUUUACAUUGGACAAUUUAUUCUAUGUCAUUUUGGAUCUGUUCAUAGCUGGGUCUGAGACUACGUCUAACACUCUUAACUGGUCACUUCUUUUCAUGCAAGAAUAUCCAGAUGUUCAAAUGAAAUGCCAACAGGAAAUAGAAGAGAAAUAUGGAGGAAGAUCGGUGACGUGGGCAGACAGAGGUACUCUCCCCUUUGUGGAUGCGACGUUAAUGGAGAUACAGAGAUUGUCAAAUAUCGCUGAAAUGUCUAUCCCGCACACAAACGAGAACGAGGCAAUAUUAAGAGGUUUUCGUAUUCCAAAAGAUUCAAUCAUACAGGCUAAUAUCUAUUCUUCACACAUGGACCCAUUAUACUGGGAUGAGCCCAGGCAGUUUAAUCCGGAGAGAUUUUUACAGGACGGAAAGAUUAAGAAGAAUAAAGCGUUCAUGCCAUUCAGUAUAGGUCCUCGGAUGUGCCUUGGAGAAAAUUUGGCAAAGAUGGAGAUUUUUCUGAUAUUUACAAAUUUUCUACAAAGAUUCACGUUUAAAAGAGAGAACGAUGACAUCCGCCAUUCUUUUGACUGUAUUUUUGAACAGCUGACAUCAGCACCACUACCUUACAAAACAAGGCCGAUAAGCCGGGUAUAAGAUGGUCAGACAGAAGUCAUGUUGUCAAUUGUGUAAAAUGUCGUAUCUUAUUUUUAGUGUAAUUAUUUUGUUCUGUCCAUGUUGUAUCACUUAUUGCUGGAUAUUUGAAUCUGCUUAAAGUAGUGCCAGCGGGAAUGAGACAUGUCGACUCAUUACAUUUAUAUAUAUGUAUGUAUUUUAUAUUCAAUUCUCAUUAAAAACAUCGUUCAUUUAAAUGUUUACAAAUGUCUAUAGACUGCAAAUUUUCCAUGACAAAUCAAUCUUCUGGUGUAAAAGUUACAUAAUAAAUGAAUCACGCACACUA